CUCAGACCAAUCAGAUCACCCAGAUCAGCACGGUAGUUUUCGAUGGUCUUUUCUUAAUCGAUCGAACAUGAUUUUAAACGCUGUAACGAAAGCAGUUCCUGCUUCCUUGAGAGUUAUUAAACCUUCUCUUUUGCAAAAUGAAAUCACUAAAGUGUCAGGCGUCCUCGCUAUCAACAGAAGAGACUAUGCUGCCAAAGCCGCAGCUGCAUCCAAAGGUGGUGCACAAGGAAAGGUAGUUGCUGUCAUUGGUGCUGUUGUUGAUGUACAAUUCGAUGAUGCUCUCCCACCUAUACUUAACGCUUUGGAGGUACAGAACCGUACACCUAGACUGGUACUCGAAGUCGCCCAACAUCUUGGAGAAAAUACAGUGCGCACCAUUGCUAUGGAUGGUACGGAGGGUUUGAUACGUGGUCAAAACGUAUUAGACUCUGGAUUCCCUAUUCGUAUUCCUGUGGGAGCUGAAACCUUAGGCCGUAUCAUCAAUGUAAUUGGUGAACCCAUUGAUGAACGUGGACCUAUUGCCACAGAUAAGUUGGCCCCUAUUCAUGCAGAUGCUCCUGAAUUUGUAGACAUGUCCGUUGAACAAGAGAUUUUAGUCACUGGCAUCAAAGUCGUGGACUUGCUGGCUCCCUAUGCUAAGGGUGGAAAGAUUGGUCUAUUUGGUGGUGCUGGAGUCGGAAAAACUGUACUUAUCAUGGAACUAAUCAACAAUGUGGCCAAGGCUCACGGUGGUUAUUCAGUGUUUGCUGGCGUGGGUGAAAGGACGCGCGAGGGUAACGAUCUCUAUCAUGAAAUGAUCGAAUCUGGUGUAAUUUCUCUCAAGGACAAGACCUCUAAAGUAGCACUAGUUUAUGGGCAAAUGAAUGAACCACCUGGCGCCCGCGCCCGUGUAGCUCUCACUGGUCUUACCGUCGCCGAAUACUUCCGUGAUCAGGAAGGUCAGGAUGUACUGCUGUUCAUUGAUAACAUCUUCAGGUUUACUCAGGCUGGUUCCGAGGUAUCUGCUUUGUUGGGUCGUAUUCCAUCUGCUGUGGGUUAUCAACCUACAUUGGCUACUGAUAUGGGUACUAUGCAAGAACGUAUCACGACGACGAAAAAGGGAUCCAUCACCUCUGUUCAAGCCAUUUAUGUACCUGCUGAUGACUUAACAGAUCCUGCUCCUGCUACCACUUUUGCUCACUUGGACGCUACAACCGUAUUGUCACGUGCCAUUGCUGAAUUAGGCAUUUAUCCAGCUGUCGAUCCUCUUGACUCCACAUCCCGUAUCAUGGAUCCCAAUAUAAUCGGCACAGAACAUUAUAAUAUCGCACGUGGUGUACAGAAGAUCCUUCAAGAUUAUAAGUCGCUACAGGAUAUCAUUGCAAUUUUGGGUAUGGACGAAUUGUCAGAGGAAGACAAGCUGACAGUUGCACGUGCUCGUAAAAUCCAAAGGUUUUUGUCCCAGCCAUUCCAGGUCGCCGAGGUGUUCACUGGUCAUGCCGGCAAACUAGUACCAUUACAAGAAACUAUCAAAGGAUUCCAGAAGAUUUUGGCUGGAGAAUUGGAUCACUUACCGGAAGUAGCAUUUUACAUGGUUGGUCCGAUUGAGGAAGUAGUAACAAAAGCGGAAUCAUUGGCCAAACAAUAAAUUAAUUUAGUCAUCUUAAAUUGUUAACAUUUUAUUCAAUCAUCAUUCAUUUGCAAAAGCAACCUUCUAUUAUAUGAUUGGCACGAAUUGGGUAAUGCGGUUUUAACUGUCUUGGUCAAAAUUGAUUUUAGGUACCUAUCCUCUCUCUCUGGUCAAAAUGUAGUAAAUUUUAUUUUGCCCUACUGUUAUUGGUUGUGUCAGAAUUUACUGUCAGCGCUGAAAAUACUAUAAUUUACGUUACGUGCACUAUAGAUUUUCAAUACAGACAGUCAAUUUUGGAACAUAGCCAUUAUAACAUAGUUUUUAAGCUAAUCCAGCCCAGAAUUAAAAUAAAAAUAAAAGAGUAAAAAUUAGAUCAAACUAACUCAGAAAAAAACAUUUUAUUAGAUAUUAAAUAAUAAGUUGAAACAAAACGAACAUUAUUGUUAUUGCAUAUAUAAAAACAAAAUAAUACAUAUUUUUAAAAGGUCCAUAGUUUUAGCUGGGAUCCAAUCAAAUUCUGGUAGCAAAAAGAUUAAUACGGGUAAUGAGGAUCUGUAAUCUUUUUAAAAUUUCUAUAUUGCUCUAUUCAUAUUCAUAUUCAUUUUCCAAGAAAGUAAUAUAAUUUUCAUAGAAACGUCAAAAUAAGGCUUUAACAGAAUUUU